UCAGUCCUCAUGUAGCUGGGGCCUAAAGGUGUGAGGGCACCUGACUCCAGGGGUCCCAAGCAGACCAGAUUCGUCCCCUGGCCACUGACAAAAUCCAGAGGCAGAGAAAUGACUGAGGAUGAAACCAGGAAGGAAUUAAUUUCCGUGAGGCCAACACCCAGAAGACCACAGGCCAGCAACCCACAGACCAUCUCUUAGUGCUGAGAAUACUUGUGAGGAAUUCAGGAAGGGCUUAGCUGGACGGUUUAUUUUUGCUUCUCUGCCAAGCCAGCUUCCUCACUCACAGGACAAGGCCUCACCACUUCUUGACCUCUCUCUGCAAGUGAUGCCAUACCCUCCAGGACUCCCCUGCAUGCUUUGGGCUUCUCACAGCUGGUCAUUGCAGUUCAGAUUUGCAGAAGCGGUGGCGAUGCUAUCGGGCACCCAGGCAGCGCCUGCGGGAUUCGAGGACGCGGAGCUGCGGUGCCGCGUGGCUCUGGAGGAGCUGAGCCCAGGCGGGCAGCCGCGAAAGCGCCAGGCCUUACGCUCUGCGGAGCUGAGCCUGGGGCGGAAUGAGCGCCGCGAGUUGCUGCUGCGGCUGCAGGCGCCUGGGUCCGAGGGGCGGCCGCGCUGCUUCCCUCUGCGGGCCGCGCGUCUCUUCACGCGCUUUGCGGCGGCGGGACGCAGCACACUGCGGCUCCCCACCGACGGCGUCCCCGGGGCAGGCGCUGUGCAGCUGCUGCUCUCCGACUGUCCCCCCGACCGCCUGCGACGCUUCCUGCGCACGCUGCGCCUCAAGCUGGCCGCGGCCCCGGGGCCCGGGCCGGCCUCCGCCCGGGCGCAGCUACUGGGACCGCGGCCCCGCGACUUCGUCACCAUCAGCCCCGUGCAGCCCGAGGAGAUGCAGCGCGCGGCGGCCACCCGGGUCCCGCAUGCCACGCCAGUGAAGCGGCCCCUGGAACCCCAGGCGGGAGCCAAGCCCAGCACUGAAGCCCCAAGAUGGCCCUUGCCUGUGAAGAGGCUGAGCUUGCCCCCAACAAAACCACAGCUUUCUAAGGAGCAGGCUGCUGUGCUAAGGGUUGUCCUGAAAGGCCAGAGCAUCUUCUUCACUGGGAGUGCAGGGACAGGGAAGUCUUAUCUGCUGAAGCGUAUCCUGGGCUCACUGCCUCCCACAGGUACUGUGGCUACUGCCAGCACUGGGGCGGCAGCCUGCCACAUCGGGGGUACCACGCUCCAUGCUUUUGCAGGCAUCGGCUCAGGCCAGGCUCCCCUAGCCCAGUGUGUGGCCCUGGCCCAGCGGCCAGCUGUGCGGCAAGGCUGGCUGAACUGCCAGCGGCUAGUCAUCGAUGAGAUCUCCAUGGUGGAGGCUGACCUGUUUGACAAGCUGGAAGCAGUGGCCAGAGCUGUCCGGCAACAGGAUAAGCCUUUUGGAGGGAUCCAGCUCAUCAUCUGUGGGGACUUCCUACAGCUGCCACCUGUAACCAAGGGCUCCCAGCCCCCAAAGUUCUGCUUUCAGGCCAAGAGCUGGAAAAGGUGUGUCCCAGUGACUCUGGAGCUGACCGAAGUGUGGAGGCAGGCAGACCAGAACUUCAUCUCUCUGCUGCAAGCUGUCAGGCUGGGAAGGUGCUCAGACGAAGUGACCCGCCAGCUCCAGGCCACAGCCUCCCACAAGGUGGGGCGAGAUGGGAUUGUGGCCACAAGGCUCUGCACUCACCAGGAUGACGUGGCCCUCACCAAUGAGAGGCGACUACAGGAACUACCAGGUGAGAUGCACACCUUUAAGGCCAUGGACAGCGACCCUGAGCAAGCUCGAACCCUGGAUGCCCAGUGUCCUGUUAGCCAGAUUCUUCAACUAAAGCUGGGCGCCCAGGUGAUGUUGGUAAAGAACUUAGCAGUGUCCCGGGGCCUGGUGAAUGGUGCCCGGGGCGUGGUCAUUGGGUUUGAGACUGAGGGGAGAGGGCUGCCCCAGGUGCGGUUCCUGUGUGGAGUCACUGAGGUCAUCCGCGCUGACCGCUGGACGGUGCAGGCCACGGGGGGCCAGCUCCUCAGCCGGCAGCAGCUGCCCCUCCAGCUGGCCUGGGCAAUAUCCAUCCACAAGAGCCAGGGCAUGUCCCUGGACUGCGUGGAGAUCUCUUUGGGCCGUGUGUUUGCCAGUGGCCAGGCCUACGUAGCCCUUUCCCGGGCCCGCAGCCUGCAGGGCCUGCGCGUGCUGGACUUUGAUCCCAUGGUGGUUCGUUGUGAUCCCCGUGUGCUGAGCUUCUAUGCCGCCCUGCGGAGGGGCAGGGGCCUCAGCCUGAAGUCUCCAAAUGAUGAUGAGGCAGCCUCAGACCAAGAGAAUGAGGACCCAAACCUUUGAGCCUCAAAGAGAAGACAAAUGGUGGUCUCCCCUUCUACCUCCUCCCUAGUGGGCCAGGGCCCCUGGAAAUAACUGGGGGAGGAUAGCCAGUGUCUCUUUCUGCCUUCUGCAGGGCUCUCAGUCUCCUGGCAGGGCACAAGGGAGAGCACUUUCCACCCAUUUGCCAGCUGUGCCUCAGUUUCUCUCCUUGUCCUGGGUGAGCUACUUCCAGGAAGAGGAGAAACCCUUUUCAGGCCAGUUGGGAAUGGGCCUAUGGUAGCACCCGGUGUUCCAGAACAAAGCUGUCUGUGAGGGCUGGCCCAGGGCCACGCGGUUGUGAAUGGUGCUUUCUUGGAGCUGCAGAGGGGAGAGGCAGUGAAGACAGGUACUCCAGGAGCAGGAAUAGGCUAUAGGAGCCCUGGACUGGGAGACUCUGGGCAAAUACAGGCCCCAAACAGAGAAGGGAACUGGGGUUAGUUUCAUAGGUAGGCCCAGGCUACACAGGCCAGGACAAACCCCUUCCUGAGCCUAACCUGAGAACACUCAAUGCAAACCAUGUGCCUGUAUCUUAAGCUCCUUUUUUGGAGAAGAAAUAGUAUUUAGGGGUAUUGAGAUGGAUGUUCUCAGAUUACAUUUAUUUAGGCCAAAUAAACUUGUGAGUUGUAUAAGGACUAUGAGUUGAGUCAUCUGCUCUCUUUAAGAAGGCAUCCCUGCCUGGAAGACGAGCUACACCUGUAGCCAGGGCCCUCUCCCCAUGGGUGCACACAAGGUGUUUGCUACAUCAUGACACCCUUAUGUGAGUUUUUGUUAGGAUCACUGGUUAUUUGGAAAGCUGAGUUACCCGAGAUUGGUGACUCACAAUGAAAUGACAAGGUGAAUCACUGUUGCCCAGGGUUCAGACAAGGACACAGAAGAGAAUUCACACGGCAGGAUAUGGGCCUUCCGUCUCCUCUCUGGUUGCGUAGUCAUGGGGGUUUCCCAUUCUUCCCCUCCACUCUCCAGAGGAAGGCUGGAGAGAAGUUAGCAGGUGAACAAGUUGGAGAAAGGCAUUUAGGAAAAGGGAACUGUACGGUACAGAGGCACAGAGGUGUGAAAGAUGGAGCUUAACGUUCUGCUUUAUUAGACUCGAAAGCAAGACAAAAUGGCAGUUGGGUGAGUCCGGCAUAUUCCUAAGGGUGCUCAACAUGGGGAGGGGUGGAUAGAACCCCUCUGGGGAGAAAGAGGGUCUCUUGGAGUCCCACUUCCAGCUAGGCACCACUUGUAUCCUGGGCCUGAGAGCGUGACCUGCCUUGGAUGGUAAUUAGCAACUUACAGUUCUAUCUCCUAGAAUGAGCCAGAGCCCUUGGGAUGGAGAGACCUGGCUUAGAUGUCUGAGUUCCCCCAUGGCACUCCACACCAUGACUCCAGAAAGGAAAUACUUCACAAAAUGUUUGAUAGGGGCGCCUGGGUGGCUUAGUGGGUAAAGCCUCUGCCUUCGGCUCAGGUCACGAUCCUAAGGCCCUGGGA